GCUCCGGGAGCGGGGCCGGGGGCGGGCCUCCGCCUGCUGCGCCCGAGCCGGGAGAGCCCGGGCACCGCGGCCACCGACACAGCCACCGUCCCCGUUCCCGAUCCCUGAAGCGCGCGCGGGCUCCCGGGGGACCCGAGAGGGGGACCGCGGGAGGGAGCGCGAGGCGGCGCGGGGCGGGCCUCACGCGUCCCCGGCCGCCCCCCGCGCGCGCGUGGCCGGGCCCAGAGAAGCCCCGGCGCGGGGAGCGCCGGCCCGGCGCGGGCGAGGGCGAUGCCGCGGUGACGGCCCCGCCAUGGCGAAGCCCCCAGCGGUGGCGGCGGCGGCUGCGGCGGCGGCGUCGGAGGAGCUGAGCCAGGUGCCGGACGAGGAACUGCUGCGCUGGAGCAAGGAGGAGCUGGCGCGGCGGCUGCGGCGCGCCGAGGGCGAGAAGGUGGGCCUCAUGCUGGAGCACGGCGGCCUGAUGCGCGACGUGAACCGGCGCUUGCAGCAGCACCUGCUGGAGAUCCGCGGCCUCAAGGACGUGAACCAGCGGCUGCAGGACGAUAAUCAGGAGCUGCGCGAGCUCUGCUGUUUCCUGGACGACGACCGGCAGAAGGGGCGCAAGCUGGCGCGCGAGUGGCAGCGCUUUGGGCGCCACGCGGCCGGCGCUGUGUGGCACGAGGUGGCCCGCUCGCAGCAGAAGCUGCGGGAGCUCGAGGCGCGCCAGGAGGCCCUGCUUCGCGAGAACCUGGAGCUGAAGGAGCUGGUGCUGUUGCUGGAUGAGGAGCGCGCGGCGCUGGCGGCGGCGGGGGGCGCUGGUGGCAGCGGCGGCGGCGCGGGCUCCCGCAGCUCCAUAGACAGCCAGGCUAGCCUGAGCGGGCCGCUGGCGGGCAGCGCGGCGGGCUCGGGGGCCCGCGACGUUGGCGACGGCAGCAGUACGUCCAGUGCGGGCAGCGGCGGCAGCCCGGACCACCACCACCACGUCCCAUCCGCGUUGCUGCCCCCCGGGCCGCACAAGGGUCCAGACGGCAAGGCCGGGGCCACGCGCCGGUCCCUGGAUGACCUGUCGGCGCCGCCGCACCAUCGAAGCAUCCCUAACGGCCUGCACGAUCCCUCAUCCACCUACGUCAGGCCACUGGAGACCAAGGUGAAGCUGUUGGAGGGUGACAAGCCCCCCCCACAGGCAGGUUCUGGAGAGUUCCGGACGCUGCGGAAAGGCUUCUCUCCGUACCACUCAGAAUCCCAGCUUGCGUCCCUGCCGCCCUCCUACCAGGAAGUCCUGCAGAACGGCCCAGCCUGCCCUGUACCUGAGCUGCCCUCACCCCCUUCCACCGUCUACAGUUCUGCAGGACAGAAGCCCGAGGCUGUUGUGCACGCCAUGAAGGUUCUGGAAGUACACGAAAACCUUGACAGGCAGCUUCAAGACAGCUGUGAGGAGGACCUGAGUGAGAAGGAGAAGGCCAUCGUUCGAGAGAUGUGCAACGUGGUCUGGAGGAAACUGGGAGAUGCUGCCAGCACCAAGCCUUCCAUCCGGCAACACCUGUCUGGUAACCAGUUCAAGGGGCCUUUGUAGGGCCAUUCCUCCUUGGACGUGAACUGGCCCUGCCUAGAGUCUGACGCCUUGGACUUAGCAGAAACUCUGGCCUAGCCACCAUCUUCCUCUUUGGUGACUUGUACAUAGGACAUGGCCACCCUGGCUGCCCUGGUGUGACACUGACAGCCAGGAUUCCACCUCCUGCCUCCCUCACCAGCAAACCUUGGGAAGAUGAGAAGCCGGGGCUGUUUGCUGCAGCAGAGUGGCCGGGCAGCCUGGUUCCCUGUUUGAGCUCCAUGUUGUACUAGCAACAACCUUCUGAGACUCCAGGGGCUGUCUGGGGCUGUCCUGCUCUUGGUGGAAGCCCCUCAUCAAGCCUUCCACCCUGGCUGUCCCUCACACUGGACACAAGCCACCAGAGCCUGAAUUGUGACACAGGUGGCACUUUCCUGCUACCCUGCCAUAGCCAGGACCCUGGGUUGUGGAGCCCUGGCUCCCAUGUGUCCAUGGCUGGCUGGGAGCUCAGGGUUCCCUGCUAUCUGGGGGUUGGUGCCUAGCCACCCUGGUGCCAGCUGCUACUUACUCGCAUUCACCCUUUCGGCAACAUCUCCCCGCCCAUGCCAGGCUUAGCCGUCUCUUAGGUCUCUCCCGCGAGUUUCCUCUUCUGGUUUACAGCAACAUAGGAAUUCCUGGAGUGUGUCUGGGCCGAGCUCAGCAUUCUCUUUGGACAGGAGGAACUGGGCCGUGGAGCUGGGUCACUGUCAGUGUAGCCUACCCCCAGGUGCACCCAGGGUCAGUAUGGAUGGAGCUGCAGGAGCCGCCCCUGAUGAGUUUUCCUUGGGAAGGAAGGGGCAUGACCUGGUUCUGGCUUUAAUGUGCUGUGGCCUUCAGCAAGUCACUCAGCUUCUCUGGUCUCCUAGUAAAACUUUGGGCUGAGGUUCCUUUUUGCUCUCUGUUCACUCCAGAAACCACCCCACCUCGGUGGGCCUCUGCCCUCUGUCUAACAUGAGCCCAUGGGAACAUGUUAAGUGGCUAGCCUGUUGGCCAUGCUGUCUCCUCACAGGUCACCUCUCUGAGCCUCAGUCCCUCCCUACAGGGACCCGGGGCAUUGAAGUAAGUGCUUCAGUGUAUGCGAUCAUGCCUCACACGGGGAAGCAUGACUGAGGGGUGCUUAAUAACUCGUGUGAGGACAAGUGAGCGCUUUUGUGAAAUGUACAGGUAGUGAUGCGCGAGACCUAGAGGAGGGCCUGGCGUGCUGCUGGCAUUGUCCCCGUGCCAUGUGUUUACUUCCUCACUGAUGGCACUUCCAGCCCCCUGCAGCAAGCACCUGAGCCCAAAGAGCUUGUCCUGGCCUCAGGCAGGUCUCCUUCAGGCCCCACCCACAUCCCGUGAGCAAAGGGGACAGGCCAGGAAGGUGAGUGGCAUCUUGGCUCCCCUCCCAGGCAAGGACCCGUGACCUUGGGCUGUUCCCACCAUCUUUGCUGCCCACACCCUUGGGUCCCACACUCUCAGGGGAAAGGCCCACGGCCCUCCGUGUGCCCAGGGAGCAUUGUGCAGGCGCUGUAAGGAACAGGCCUACUCUCUGGCUGUGGGGCGCUGGGAAGCUCCUUCUAGAAGAGCUGAUGUAUGAUCAAGUGAUUAACCUGUUGGUACCCCACCUGCUGGCCCGGGUACUCGGUGAUUUCUGCUGGGCAGGCAGGACCCUUCCUGGUUCUUUGAGGCCAAGGAAUCCCAGAGUAACCCUUAGGUAAAUGGGUCCACACAAGGCGGGAGCGAGUCCCAGGUAGUCACAUUUGUAUCAGGAUGGCUUAGCCACCACUGACUUAAGCAAUAAGUAAAGGCACCUGGAAGCUGAAGACUGGCCAAGAAAAGCCUAGAAGCCACUUUUCCCUUCUGGAGAGGUGUGACCCCGUUCCUAAUGCUGCAGAGGCAUCAUGGGAAUCCAAAGAACAUUUUUUGGAGAACCCCUCCGUCCUUCCAAAGGGUGGAGCAAGCUUUGCCCCAGCUUUUACCACUGGGCUGUCGUCUCAAACCUAACAGCCAGGAGGGGCUAGCAGCGACCCGGUGAGCCCUGGGCUGGGGAGGACAGGUGGUCUUCCGGAACCCCCCCCCCCCUUCUGGAGCCUUAGCUUUUGCAAUGCUGACUCUCCAUCUCAAGCUCACAAGACACUUGCACCUGGCUCCACCCCCCACUGUGACAGAGGUCAUCGCCCCGCCCCAUCUAGGUGGCCUACCUGGAGUCAGAAUCUGCUGAGCACAUUUCCAUUCCCUUUGAACAGCCACAAGCUAGGGGUUAAAGACAAAGUGACCUUUCAUUUUUCUUUCUUGAAACUUGAGAGGAGAUGAGAUACAUACUACUGAUUUUUUUUUUUUUUUUUCUUAAGCAACAAACUAAAUGCAUGGCUGCAGAGUGGCAGAGGUGUAUUUUCAUACUGUGGGGUAAAGUGCUGCUUUUUGGGAGGUGUUGACGGCGGUGAGAUCUACAGCUGCCCCCUCUGCCCUGGCUGUGUAGAGAGCUGGACCCUGUGGACUUCGGCUGUUUCUACCUUUAUUGAACCACUUUGAUUUGUGGAGAGGGGGGAAAAAAAUAGAACUUUUGAUAGUGUGGUAAAAGCAUUGAUUUGAACUAUUUUAGUAAAAGGAGUAACAAAUAAGAUUGUGACAGUGUCUAUUUGAACUAGAUAAUAAAGGCCUCUUUGUGA